AAUUAAAAAGGUGUAUUUUGUUCUACUAAUGCAUCAGAUGUUAGAGGCUUUAUCAAACUGUUUCGUGCGCAUAUGAUAAGCGCAACGCGCUUUUAGACUAAAGAACAAAAUUAAGCGGGCAGAAAGCAGUCGUCUGGCUGCAGUCGUACUGCCUGCAGUUAUGCUACAACAGGACCAUCGCUUAUUUGACAAUUCUGAUGUCUCGCUAUAGAUUUGUAGAAUUCAUCUCACGUUUCUUCGGAGGAUUUUUGGAUGGUAAGCGAAGAUUUAUCCAUCAUACCUUCAUUUGCAGAGCAGUUCCCUGACUUAUCACUUUGACUCGACCCAGCUUUGUGGGGAAAAACCCCAUGAGUGAAUCAGUUGGGUCGUUGGUGAAGUCAUCGGAAACACAAUGGAAAUGAACGCUUCUAUCAUAAACACCACCUCAGUGUAUGAGGUUGUGGAUUAUGCUACCACAGACCGAGCAAAGGCGAUCGGCCUUGUGAUUUACAACGUGUUCAUCAUCGUCAUAGGCGUGCCGGGAAACUGUCUCAUUCUCCGCGUGUAUUGGGGCAAAUCCCACAAGUGCAGCACUCACAUCUUAAUCAUGGGACUAGCCGUAGCCGACCUGACCAUCUGCCUGCUGCGUUUAUGGGAUGUGACAUUGAAUUCUUCGAUCCUGUCAGGGACAGAUAUUCCCGAUCUGACUGAAACUUUCAACAGUUUUGACUAUACGGCAGUUGGGACCUCCAUCAUGGUGACUGCCGUGAUUGCGCUGGAUCGCUACGACUGCGUGUGCCGGCCCAACCGGCGCCUCAUGACCCACCAACGUGCUAGGAAGGCCCUUCUAAUCGCUGUGGUACUCUCUGUGGCCGUAAAUGUGCCAGUAUACGUAAGAGCGUCCCUGGACGGCUCUCACGUUUCGCUUUCUCUCGAUGUGGUUAUAUACAUUUUUCAAGUCACCUCGUUCGUUCUACCCAUAAUGAUGAUAUCUGCGUGUUACAGCAUUGUGUUUCUCGCAAUACGGAAACACGUCAAAGUUCGAGUGCUUCACCCAAAGGAUGACCAAAUACUGAACAUCCAGACUGACUGGUCGACCAGAUCUCAUCCGUCCAUAUGCGUUUCCACUGUGUCAAGGCAGGUAGGUGUAUCCACUAGGCCGCUUGGUCUCUCUCCUGGACGGGUCGAGAGACGCCACAGACGGCAAAACCGUGAACUCAGCCACACUCAAAAACGGACAACCUCUAAAGAUGGGAAAGCCAAGGACAGACAACAGCAGCUCAUUGGUCGCAGAAACGUUGUGGCCAACUCGUCUACUGCUGAUAGUGGAGCGGCCAGAUCAACUCAGCCACCUCGAAGGCCAGGGCCCGUCUUCCGACGCACCCAAGGCCCUUCGCCAGCACUUCAGCGCCGCACCACCGUGAUGCUAUUCAUCACCAGUGUCGUAUUCAUACUCUGCUGGCUGCCGUACUGGGUCAAGGCCUUGUUGGAAAUCUUUGGAGGAAAAUCGGACUUUCUGGACACCUUCAUGGAAGUCCUUUACAUAAACAAUGCCAUCAAUCCGUUCAUUUACGGGCUAGCUAACAGACGAUUUCGGAAGGACUGUAAGAAUGUCUUCCGUAAGAUGAGAAUAUGCUGAUAUGAAAGAAUAUUCAGUGGUGUUUGCUUUGGUCCGCAUUGCCUUGUCAUGUUGCCUUGAACAUUAGUUUGGAAUGAGCUUUUCAUCAUCUGCUUCGCCCGACAAAUGAUGUGUUAGUUACUCAGUCGGUCGCUCCAUUGCUCGAUUACGGCUUUGUCUUUUUUCAUGUAUUAUUUGUUUAAUCAAGAUUCAAAGGUUUUUAUUUUCUUUCGACGCGUCAAAUCACAUGUAUAGUUCUGAUUAAACGUAAUAACUUUUGAAUUGAUAUUUUUUUAGCUUUCAGUUUUAGAUUUUGAUUUUCGCCGGUGCAAUUUGAUAUGCAUGCUCGUAAAAUACAUUAACUUACAAGACAUCAUCCCUUCCCUAGAUACAUUAUUACACCUGCCUCAUCGGUGAUAGGGACGUAUCUGGGUUUUUUUCGGGCAAGCUGUGAUGAAAUAUAAUGUCAACAGUCACUGCAGGAAUUCCUAAAAGAAAUGAUAAAUGUCAGGCGAUAAUUAAAAAUCCUAGGAUAUAAAGGUGUUUUUCUUUAAAAGCUGAGCUUUUUCCUAGCUACAGUUCAAUCGGUGCUGCUCCAUCGGUGCAAAACAUGGACUUAAACACCUGUCCUGGAAAAGUCACUUUACGGCACCUUUGCUCGAAUGUUGAGAGCUGUACUCAACAUCAGCUGGAUAUAUCAUAUUAAUAACACUGAUCUGUAUGGGGAACUCCCUAGGAUUGGGGAAAAAAUUGCCUUUAGAAGGAGGGAAUUAGCAGGACAUUGCCACCGUCAUCACGAGUUACCCGGGAACAAGCUAAUACUCCGGGAGCCGGCACAUGGAAGAACACACAGAGGCAGACCAAAGGCAUCAAACAUCAAUGUACUGAAGAGGGAUCGACACAGGGGUGGACGAGACAAAUGAGCUAGAUGCGUGCUUGAGGAAUUGGAUGGAUGGAGGAUCCGUGCCAGGGCUCGGUUGUGGCCGACUUUAAUAAUGUAAUGUAAUGUAAUGUAACGUAGGACACAAAAGCGGACUGGCGUCCCAUCCGGGCGGGGAUUGGGAAACCGGUGAACAUACCGGCCGGAUGAGCAAAACUGACACAGAUUUCAACUUGGUACAAAGUUGACUGUUUUUAAGUCUAAUCUGACUAAAAGAUUGCAUUUACUUACAGGCGAAUGAAUCAAUGGUUUUGUAGGUGCAGAAUUUCUGAAUGUUUUUCUGAAGAGAUUUCAUUUAAAAUCUAUGAUUUCAAAUGUGCUCUCAUAAGAAUUGGUAAUGAGUGUAUGUGAUUGUGUUUUGUCAGUUUGUGACCAAUUUCUUUAAAAAAAAAUCAUCAGUGAUACCUAAAGCAAAUGUCACAAGCAAUGGGUUGCAAUCAAGAAGUUGGAGUGAGUAAAGCCGUACUGAAUGAAAUAACCUUCCUUUGGCAGCAACGUUAGUCCUUAAUUUGUACACGUAAUGGGAUACUGCACUAUGGCCCAGUGUUUAAUUUAUGAACGCGU